GACAGCCCUCGAAGCUUUCGAAGCCCACGGACCCCCUAUAGCCUAAUGGUUAGCCCGGCUGGGUCGGCAUACAAUUUUCAGAACCGCCCGAGGACACCCACAAUCCCGCAGUCGCUCGCCACGACCCCAAGCGCCGGCGUCUCCGCGACGCCGAAAACACCUGCCAGGAACCCAAGUAUUGGCUACCCCAUCAUGCCAAUAACACCCCAGCCCCCACCGCCGUGCGGUCACACAUCGUCGGGGCUCGGAAGGAUCUGUGAAAGGUGCGCUGGCACAGCUACGGCGUACGAACGGUGGGUCUCAGGAAUCGAAGAGGCGGAAUUGACCUACGAGCAGAAGCCUCCCGGACCCGAACCAAUUCCAGAAACACCACCGGGAGCAACAUAUGAAUACCAGAGCUCGCCGCUACUAUCGCCUGAUGAGCGGAGGGAAGGGCCUCCCAUUGGGCUCGGGAUUAUGAUGCCGGGUGUUCCUUACGAAGAACAGAGCUUGCUAUUGACUGACCCGCUGCUGGAACCGCCUCCAGCAUCCAAGAAGCGCAAGAGAAAACCGCCGCCGUUGUUCCCGGGGGGAAACCACGAUACUGCCAGCGCUACCCUCGACAGCAAGCGUACCGGAACAACAUUUGCACCAGAGCGCGUGCAAAAUAUGAGCAAAGACCGGUCCACAUUCGAGAUCUUCCGGGAGAUGUCCUGCACGCUCGAGCACUGCACGAUACAUGGGGGGGAUAGGGGUCCGAGCAUGGCAGCGACUACGAUCGUCGCCAGUAACAGGGACUCCUGCACGACGCUCGCGGCAUCCAUGCACAGCCAGAGCGAGGACCGGAAGCUCGUGUACCGGAGGAGGAGGUAUGGCGGCGAUUGGGGCACAUCAGCGGCUGUGGCCAUCGACAGCAACAGGUGUUCCGGUGCGACACUUGCAGCUAUGCACAGUGAGGGCGAAGACUGGCCCGAAUGCAAGCAGCGCGCCGGGAAAAUGGAUUGCGCGUUGAAGCAUUGCGAUUGCGGGGGGUGCCAGGUUGGUGGUGUUGGUGAUCGGUUGGAGUCGUCGAGGAAUGAGCGGGGCGUGUCUUGGAUAGUGGACGGAUUUCUGGCGGCACUCACGAAGGGCGUUAGUUGGUUGAAAGGGAAGCGGUGG